AUGUCGAAUGUAUCGUCGUCCAAUGUCGCGUCUAAUCAAGAAAUUCAGGAAUCAAACAUAACACUCAUUAAAACAAUUAAGAAUUAUCUGGCAAGCAAAGACUAUAAAUUUUAUGUUGCUGCGUCUGCUACAGUGAUACUAGCUGGAAUUGGUCUAUAUUACUUUUGGACUCCAAAACCUCCAAAAUCAAGAACACAUAAGCCGUCAAAUCGGCCGAGAAAACCUAGAAAUUCAAAACAGACAGAAAGUACUGAGCCAGAUUCACAUUUUGCGAGAGACAGAAGGAAUAGAGAGGAGGAUGCUGAAGCCGAAGAAUUCGAAAAAUAUUCUACUGAGCAAAUCACUGCAUUACCUAGAGAGAAGCGUGUCACAGCUUCAAAACUGCUUAAAGAUCGAGGGAACAUCGCAUUUGGACAAAAGAAUUAUCAGAAGGCUAUAAAACUCUACACUCAAGCAAUUGCCUUUAAUCAAGAUGACCCUAUCUUUUACAGUAAUCGAGCUGCAUGUUAUUAUAACAUAAAUGAAUAUUUAAGGGUCAUAGAUGAUUGUAAUAGCGCGUUGGAGAUGGAUCCUUGUUAUGUUAAGGCUUUAAAUAGGCGAGCGAUGGCAUAUGAACAAACCGCACGUUAUGAAGAAUCAUUGCAUGAUUUCACUGCGGCCUGUAUUAUUGGAGAGUUCAAGAAUGAAAAUGCUACUGCUUCAAUUGAUCGUCUCUUGAAAACAGUGGCUAGCAUCAAAGCCAAAGAAAUUAUCAAGUAUUCAACCAUAGAACCUGUUGAUCAAAACGCUGAAGCUAAUAGUGGAUCAGAAAAUACCAACUCUGCUCAAGUUUCUGAUAUAGAAUCAGAAAAUCAUGCGGACAAUUUAUUUGAUGCGGCGGAACGGUUCGUACGACAACAACGGUAUGAAGAAGCCAUGAAUGCAUACGGAAAAGCUAUAAAUCUUGGAUGCACUAAAAUGGCCAAAGCUCUCAAUUUGAGAGGUACCUUCACUAAUUUAAUGGGUGAUUCACGGAGUGCUUUGGCGGAUUUCCAAAGAGCCCUCGAUUUAAAACCCGAUUAUGUUCAACUUUAUGUAAAGCGGGCUACUAUUUACAUGGAGCAAGAUGAUGUAGAUGAAGCAUGGAAAGAAUUUGAUAAAGCUAUCAAAAUAGAUCCGAAAGAUCCUGAUAUAUACUAUCACAGAGGUCAAAUCCACUUUCUUCAUAAUAACUUUGAUAUGGCUGUCAAAGAUUAUCAGCGUAGAAUUGAACUAGAUCCUGAUUUUGUAUUCGCAUACAUUCAGCUUGCUAUAGCUCAAUAUAAAAAUGGAUCAGUUGAGAAUGGAAUGAAAACUUUCCAACUGGGACUGCAAAAAUUUCCUAAAUCCGCCGAAAUGCACAACUACUACGGAGAGCUCCUUGCGGACCAAAGACGUAUUGAUGAAGCUAUUGAGCAAUUUGACAAGGCCAAUGAAUUACAAACUGGAAGUUUCGCGUUACCAUUAGUUAAUAAGGCAAUGCUUUAUUUCCAUGUGAAGGGUGAUUCGAAUUUGGCGGAAGACUAUUGUCGUAAAGCGUUGGAAAUUGAGCCUGAAAGCGAUAUUGCUAAUACGAUCAUGUGUGAGAUAUUACUUGCCAGAGGUAAUUUAGAGGAUGCACUGCAAUGUCUUGAAAAAUAUCAAGAAGUAGCACGUACUGAGGCAGAGUUACAGGGCUUAUUAGAAUAUGCAGAG